AAAUCCUCCCUCCAUCACCCCACUCCUCUCCUCCAUCAGCCUCUCCAUCCUCCCACACCCACUCCCCAAAUCCACGGGGGACCUCGGCUCCUUCUGAUUGGUCGGGGAUGAGGCAACAAGGGGGGACGGGAACAAUGUCAUCAUGUCGCCUUAAAAAGAGUGCAGCUAUGUUGUGGUGAAAGCACCUCGGGAGGAGAACAGAGGAUCAGUAGCAGGAGGAAACGACAACAAAAAGACGCAUCAGAUGUUUCUGUCCGCAAGCGCUUAAAAGUGGAUUUCUUCUCUCUGCAGCAGCGUCCAAAGUGCCUUCAGCUCUCCGUCCAGCGCGAACAUGCCGAGAGGAUUUUUGGUGAAAAGGAACAAGAAAACCAACCCGGUGUCCUACCGGGUUCGCUCCGACGAGGAGGAAACGGAACAAACAGCAGCUGAUGCGCCGCCGCUGCCGCCGUGCUCCACCGCGCCUCGCGCCUCCGUCCCGGUGCGCGCACAGACGCCGACGCCCACCUGCGGGGCGGCGGCCACGGCUCCGGAGCAUGAUGCCAAACCGGUGCAAUUCGGAAACCCGGAGGCGGUAUACCAAGCACUCUACAGCCCCACCCGCCCCGUCAGCCAGGACCACGACCGCUCCUACUUCGAGAGACGCUUCAACCUCGGAUCACCGGUUUCCGCGGAGUCUUUCCCAACACCAGCAGCGCUCACCGCUUUGGACCACCUCUUCGCCCCAGUGGACCUGAAAAUCGGCUCCAGCAACAGCAGCCGCACAGACACCAGCGCCACAUCCACGGGGACUCUCCCCACCGCCGGGACCAAACGGCAGUCCAGCGACACCGAGCGCAAAAGCAAACCGCCGUCCAAGAAAACCAAAGCUAUCCGGAAACUGCACUUUGAGGAUGAUGUCACCACAUCUCCGGUUCUCGGGCUCAAGAUUAAAGAGGCGCCGGUUGACCAGAAGCCUCCAAGACCACAGCCGUCCGGAGGUGACAACGUCCCCAUGGGCGAGUUCGUGUGCCAGCUGUGCCGGGAGGCGUACGCAGACCCGUUCGCUCUGGCGCAGCACAAGUGCUCCAGGAUAGUCCGGGUUGAGUACAGGUGUCCUGAGUGUGACAAGGUGUUCAGCUGCCCGGCUAACCUCGCCUCCCACCGGCGGUGGCACAAACCGAAGCCUCAGACCGGAGCACACGGUGUGCACAAUUUGGAGAGCGACAAGGCGUCCGCGUCCGGUAAGACAGCGGAUGAAGUGAAGGAUUCUAGUGACAGGGACACACCCAGCCCAGGACCGUCCGAGUCCGGCUCGGAGGAAGGGCUGUAUGAUUGUAAUCACUGUGGGAAAAAGUUUAAGCGCCAGGCAUACCUGAGGAAGCACCUGGCGUCUCAGCACGGCUCCCCGAAACCGUCGGAGGACGAGGACGCGCCGGCCUGCGAGCAGAGCGCGGCGCCGCUGAACCUGAGCUCCUCCACCUGCCACCUGUGUCCGGUCUGCGGGGAGAACUUUUCCAACAGGGGCAGCCAGGAGCGGCACAUCCGCCUGCUACACUCCUCACAGGUCUACCCGUGCAAAUACUGCCCCGCCAUCUUUUACAGCUCCCCGGGACUCACCAGACACAUCAACAAAUGCCACCCGUCCGAGAACCGGCAGGUGAUCCUGCUGCAGAUGCCGCUCCGCCCCGCCUGCUGAUCCGGGACUUUUGGGCCGCUUUCAUACUCUCAGAUAACAAGACAGCAAAGUCCAGCCUUGUUUCUUGGAGGAUUUUAGGGUUACGCAGCAAAAAUAUCCGCCUUAUAAAGAUUUUUUUGAGCUCCUAAAAUCUUACUUUUCUAAAAAUCAAGUAAAAAAAUAUAUGGGACUUUGGUGAGAAACUGUAACUGGUUGACUUCACUGUUGAUGGGAGUGAUUUAUUUUCCCUCUUGUUUCAGUUAUUUGGUCAAAAAUCACCAAAAGUUAAAAUGUUCUCCUAGUGUAAGAAUUUUAAAACAAUGAACUAUUAAUUUUCUUGAACACUUUGAGAGCGAUUUGCCUAUUUUUGUCUUCAUUCUGGGUGUAAAUUCAAGAAAAUGCACAAAUCACAUAAGAAUAAAGAGGAAUUAUUCACUCAUCGCCGUUUCUAGACACAUUUUGACAACUCACUGAGGUAAAAGAGGAAAUUAAAGGAUAUUUUUGCAGUGUAACUACAUGACCCAAAUGCACCAAUUUGUAGAGGUCAGAGGUCAGCCGCUCACCUCCAGCUGGCAGGGAUUCAGUGCCUUGCUCAAGGACACUUCAGCAGGUUCUGGGUGUGUGUUUGAACCCCUCCUGGCCUAUAAUCCCCCCCCCUCCUUUAAAGGAUCUCUGACAUCAUACUUAAAGCGUUAGACUGUUAAUUUAUUUUUCUAGCAUCUCUGCACAAGUGCUAUUAGCUUCUAGACCUAAGAGAGGGGACGACCUGUAGCCAAUAAAAAAAAAAAAAAAAACAGAAACCAGAGGGCCUGAAAAGACCUGAUCUCAUCACUCUGAUUAGCUUUAACAUAGCUUGUGGAUCCGUGGAUCAGUAGCUGUUGCCUGGAAAGAAAAAAGAGUAAAAACUAGUGUAGCCGGUAAUGCCUUUGGAUUAGAAACUCCUGCUGUAAAACUGCCUUAAACUGAACUGAUUGUUUUUUGAUCACUUAUUUAUCACUGGCUGGGUAUAAUAUGAUUAUUAUUUUUUACAAAGCCUCCUGUAUUACCACUAUACAGUAUAUCUAAUUCCCUUUUUUUUUUCUAUUUAUUUAUGUAUUUAUUAAAUUAUUUGUGUAAAUUAUUGCUCUGUGUGCUCUCUGUGAUCUGUUGCUGUGCUUUUUAAUGAUGUAGCCAAAUUGAUUUAUUUUUUCUUUAACUUAUAUAAAAAAAACGGUGUGUUCAAGUGACAUCAUAGCAAUCAAUGAGUUUUAUCAGCCGCUCUUGAAUAAUAACUGAAUGCAAUCAUGAUUUUUUGUUUGAUUUUGUAUGUUUGUUUUGGUUUCUUUGUAACCGUUAGCUCUUAUACUGCUUUGGAUGUUUCUGCAGUAUUUUGCUAAAUGUCCAAAAAUAAUAAAAACCAAACUGAGAAACAGUUUUCAUUCUG